AUGACCAUCCUUCGAGUCCAACAAAUUUUCUCCAUUAUCGAGAGCUCAUUGAAGGCUUUAUUCGACAACGCCGACUCUUACGACUGGGCACAGUCAAAAUCUUUGAAGAAGGUGACAAAGGAACAAAUUGCUCGACAGUUGACCGAAGCUAAAGAUCGUCUUCGUGAAGAUAAGGUGAAGGAGGAUAUUGAAUCAAAUCAAGUAAAGUCCACUCAGGUUGAGCUAAAGCGAGUCACGGAAGAGCUUGAGCAGUUGGAGACGAAGGCAGAGACACUAUCCCAGACAUUGAAGCAGCAGCAGGAGUCACUCGACAGUUGCAAGGCCCAGGUGAAAUUAACUCAAGAGAAUAUCCUCGCCAUCAGCAGUGCUUCACCAUUGGACGAAGAAGUGGUUGAACAGUUGAAGAUGUUGAAGUCAAAUUUGAAGGUGACUAAAGAGAAGCUAGGAAGCUUGAAUCCUUUUGCUUAG